UUAUGAUGUUUAAGUUGGCUUCAAAAUUUAGACAUGGAACAACAUCGUCCCAUUCAUCCCGUCCAUCCCACUAUCCCACCGUCCCGCUACCUACCUUGUGAGAUGUGGGAUGUGGGAUGUGGAUCUUCAAAGCACCACCUAGAUCACACUGUCAUUUAGACAUGUUUCCGUUGUCUCUGCCUCACCGCACAUGUCUAAUUGACAUCCUAGUAUAGUAUUAAGUAGUCGCAAACGAAUUGCGACAUAUGGUGUGUUAUGCAUUGUGUUAUUCUAGCCAAUUCCGUACAAUAUGUCUGUCAGCCUACUGCUUGGAUUAUAAAUACGGCCCUUGGCAAAAUCAGGCAUAAAUAGAAAGCACAACCUCGAUCCUCAACGCUGUUUUCAAACCCAGUAUUUUCAGUCACACGCACUUAUAAAAUUGCCAUAGUGAAUCCGAUCAUCUAGUAAAAUGGCUGCUGCCCCCGUUGCUUUAAUCCUCGGCUCCGGUCCCCGAGUUGGUGCCGUCGUUGCCCAGAAAUUUGCCAGUAGUGGCUACAAGGUAGCCGUCGCUUCCAGGAAAGCAGCCGGCGGCAAGACUGCCGAAGGCUUCCUAUCCAUCAAGGCAGACUUGUCUCAACCAGAAACUAUACCAGCUCUCUUCGACGCGGUCAAGGCCGAAUUCAAAUCGCCUCCUACCGUCGUGGUCUACAACGCUGCGGCACUGACGCCUCCACCCGGGGAAGGCGCUCCUCUGUCUAUCCCAACCGAAAGCUUUACGUCUGACUUGAAUAUCAAUACCGUCAGCCCCUACGUCGCAGCACAGCAGGCAAUCGCUGGAUGGGAGACACUGCCGAAGGGUACCAAGACGGCGUUUAUCUACACUGGAAACAAAUUGAAUCUUGUUGUGAUGCCCGGACCAGUUCUCACCAAUCUCGGAGUUGGCAAAGCAGCGUCUGCUUAUUGGAUCGGCGUAGCUGAUGCCGCGUACUCUGCGCGAGGUUACCGUUUCUUCUACGCGGAUGAGCGUGCUGAGAACGGAAAUAGUAAGGGUUCCAAUAUUGACGCACCUGCCCACGCGGAUUUCUAUGCGCAGCUAGCAAACCAUGAAGGCGACAUACCGUGGCUCGCGACAUUUGUAGCAGGCAAAGGUUAUGUAAAAUUCGACUAGGGUACUUUACAAUAAGGACUCUAGAGGUCUGUUGAUAAUGGUGACACAAUUACUUACGGGAAACACCCGUCUAGAGCUUCAAGACGUUUAGUAAUCCGAACGCUAUCCUCGAUUUAAUGCAUACUGACGGGG